AUGUCCAGCAGCCAAUGGUCGUCUGCGAGGGCCGCAUUGGGCGGCGAGACCGGGCUGGACCACGUCCUCCGCUCAUUGGUCGACUCCAUCGAACGCUUCACAUCUCCUCCAACGCUUUCGUUCAUUUCUCUGCAGGAAACGUUUCAUUCGACAAAACGCUACGAUGGUUUCAGCACAAAUAUCUCAUGUACACGUCUCGCAGCUCUCUGCAACAACUCUCCUCAGCACGCUCUCGCUGAUUGGUCGAGCCAGCCCAAGUCACGCGACCGGCCGCGCUACGCCUGGAUUCCAGAUCUGCUCUCUCCCGAACCAGACCGUUCAUUGCUCUCAACCACGAUGACGUCCGCUUCUCGGCUCCUCUCCGUCCUCGCUCUCACCGUCUUCGUAUCUGCUGAGCAAUUGCGCGUAUUACACCGGCUCUUCCACCCUUCCCUCGACGACAAGAACUUCUUUGAACGCGGCACGCUCUCACUCGACCCCUUCGGCCAAUCCUCAUUCGAGGCCGCACAACACCUCGACGACGACCUCCAGGCCUUCGCCUCCAUCGCCCAGCCUCUCCACGACGCGCUCUACCAAGUCGCAUUCGCGCCUGCCGAUCCAGACGCGCCCUGGGACGUCUCUUCCGUGAAAGCAUGCUUCCUGCCGACAAGCACCGAGGAGUCCUUCGUCAUUCAUCUCACAAACGCUGGCAAACCAUAUGCUCUAGACUACUUCGUUUCUCCUACGCCUCACGACGGCGCAUGUCCGACACUACCGAAAGAUGAGACGACUGCUGCCGUCUGGGCGCCGCGUAAUGUAACCAUCACAGCGUCGACGCCGACUCUCCCUCCUCUACCCGAGCUGCGCACACCUCCGCCACUCUCGGCUCAAGGCGAGCCCGUCAAGCCUCCGCCUGAGAAGAGUUUCAUACAGAAAUACUGGGUCUACAUCGUCCUCGUUCUCUUCGCUAUGAGUGCGUUCUCUCCCUUCCUUUCCUCUACUCCCGCCUACCGAAUAUAA